AUGCAGUUCUCUCUGUGCAGGUUGCGUACCCACCAGUGGUGUUUCCUGCUCUUCAAUGUGCUUCUGUUCCAUGCCCUGUUGUUUGGGGCUGACUUUGUAGAGGAGUACAUUCUCCAGCCAACCCCAGGAGUAUACACAGAUGGAACAGUCCUGGACGUGAGGGAGAGGGCCCGUAAACUAGACCUGAGUGGGACCAGGGGAAAUGAGUCCCAGUAUUACCCCAUUACAAAUCCAAAUGCCUGCCUGAACAGUGACCUCUUCCUCCUCACCAUCGUCUUCAGUUCCCCAAGCAAUCACACCCAGAGGAACGCGGUAAGGGCCACAUGGGCCAACCAAACGCGGGUCCAGAGUUUCGCCGUGAGAACACUCUUUUUCCUGGGAUUGUCUCCCUCCACCGCCACCCAGGAGACUGUUAUGACGGAGUCUGGUCGCCAUGGCGACAUGGUCCAAGGAUACGUGAAUGACUCCCCUCAUGGUCAGGCCGAGAGGGAGGUGUUGGCGUUACGGUGGGUGGUAGCUUUCUGCCCAGUAGCCAGGUUCGUCCUGAUCACAGAGGACUCUGUGUUUGUCAACCUCCCUGCAUUAGGGGGUUACCUACUGGGGCUAAGAAGGCACCCUGAGGACCUCUACUUGGGGAGGGUGAUGCACAAAGACACCCCCGACCGAGACCCCUCCAGUCCCAGCUACUUAUCUCCAGCCCUCUAUCCAGACAGGUAUCUCCCAGACUACUGUGCCAGAACUGCCUCUGUCCUCUCCCAGGAUGUGGUCAGGAAGGUGUAUGUGGCGUCAGCCGGGGUCCGUGCCGCCCUUCCCGCUGAUGUGUUUGUGGGCCUGUGUGCCUGGAAGGCCGGGGUGGUACCCACCCACAGUGCACGCUUCUCCGGGGAGAAACACAUUCAUUAUAAUGACUGCUGUUAUCGCUACCUGUUCAACACCCCAGGGAUGGGGAGUGAGGAGCUUGGGACAGUGUGGGCAGAUCUGGGCCAGGAGGAUGGAGGAUGUUCCCUUCUAGAGACCUACUAUGGCCUGGUGGCUUGCAAGGCUCUCACUUAUCUGGACAAACUGUCCUUCUUCAACUCAAAGGGACAGGAAGACUGAAUCCAAAUCCACAUGAUUAUCAGAUGUUAUUAUGAGUGUAGUGAAAUGCUUAUGCUUCUAGAUCUGACAG